AUGGAGAAGCAGGGCGGAUCCGGCGGACAGGUGAUCGGUUUGAUGCACGCUGGGGAUAAGUUUCGUCGGAUGCGUAGAUCGGCGGAAGCCUAUCAGCCUUUGCAGAUGUCACACGCGAAACAUAUGGUUUUGGACAUGCUUUCCUCUGCGGCGACGAUUAUGAAAAUUACAUACGGGAAAACUACGCCCACGUCUGCAACUGAUCCUGAAGUCAGAGAAAUUCACUACCUCUUCGAGAGCUUUCGUACAGCUCUACGCCCUGGUGCUUGCCUGGUGGAGUCGAUUCCAUGGCUCAAAUACCUUCGUUCGUAUGGUCAAGACUUGAAACAGCAGUUUGAGAGGACCAGGGAACUCUACACAAAUCAGCUCAACCGCGUGAAACAGCAGAUGAGUCAUGUGGAUGUCGGCCCUUCGUUUGCGAAAUAUAUGCUAGAACACGACAACCUCUAUAAUUUGACAGAAACCGAGAAGGCGUUUCUUCGUGCUGAUAUUAAGUGUCAGACUGCUGUGGCAAUAUGCACGUUGCUAAUGGCGGUCGCGUGUUCCCCCGAGGAACAAGCUAAAGUCCAAGCCGAGCUCGAUACGUUUUACCGAUUCAACGGUUUCUUUGCCACAGCGCCGACCUUCGCUGACCAACAAUCUCUUCCUCGUCUGGAGGCCUUCAUCUCGGAAGCCUUGAGAUGGAGAUCAUUAAUGGUAGGAUUUGCUCACCGAACGACUCAAGAUAUGAUUUGGGAAAACUAUUGCAUUUCCGCGGGGACUACGGUGUUCGGUAACCAUUGGCCCAUCUCUCGAGAUCCACAAAUCUACCCAGACCCUGACGCAUUCAAGCCUGAGCGCUGGAUUAGCGACCAGGUUCGCAUAAGAGACGAUCUCAAGUUCUUCGUCUACGGGUUUGACUUGCUCCUUAUUAUUUGGGCUUUCCAGCUCACUCUGGAUCCUACAAAGCCGCUGAAUGACUGGGGUUUCAUGACCGGGGCGAUGCCGAAUGACAGGCCAUGCGCUAUUGACUUCAAGAGGAGGUUCCCGGAAGUGGAGCUCAGGCACAUGAUGCAGAAUUAUCCUGACGCUGCAUGA